AUGUCUGACCCCUCAUUCGCUCUCCCUUCUGUCUCCCCUCUCAAUAAUCGCAACUAUCCUUCCUGGUCUAAGGAGAUCAAGGCCUGGCUUCGUCUCAAAGGCCUGUGGAUUCUGGUCUCUGGUGAUGAGACAGCCCCUGUUGGCACGAAGGAGAAGCCUGCUGACCCAAGAGAGGUGGCAGAGUGGAAGAGGAAUGCUCAGAAGGCUACUAGUGCGCUCUUACUUUCAGUUAAGGAGCAGUUCAGAGGCAUCUUGGAUGGCAUUGAGGACGACCCCAUUGCCAUUUGGACCAAACUAGAGGAGCAGUUCAAUAAGAAGUCUGCUGGAUCGUGUUUCAAUGCGAUGGAGGACCUCUUUUCGAUCAAGAAGCGCAACAAUGAGUCCCUCCAGUCCCUCAUUCAUCGUGUGGACGAGUCUAUGCGCGUCCUGAAGAACCUCCACGACUCUGGCUUCGAUCUCAAGAAGCAGGAUGAGGAGCUCACUUGCAUGGCCCUCUUGUGGUCUCUCCCCUCUGAGUUUGACACCUUCUGCUCCUCCCUCAGUUUCAUGGACGUCUUGUCUCGUUCCAAGCUCAAGGACGCGUUC